AUGAAUCUCAAGCCCCGUCCCCAGUCAAACAUCCUGACCGUCUCGGAAAAGCGGUCUCAGUCCGAGUCGGUUUCUGACACAAACAACCUCCCCAUCGAGCAACAUGGCAUACAAGUCCAUCCCACAUCCACUAGUGAUCCACUGGAUCCCCUCAAUUGGACCCGUCUGCAAAAGCACACAAUCUUGGGGAUUGUCAUGUUAAAAUACUUUCUCUUCACCUACAUCACCACCACCACUGUACCCUCUUUCACUGAAAUCCAACUUCAGUAUGACAUCAGCUAUUCCCAGGUAAACUGGACCGUCGCGAUCCCGGCCCUGGGCCUAGCUACCGGGCCACUCUUCUGGUCCUCACUUGCCGACAUCUACGGGCGUCGUGUAAUAUUCAUCGUCGGGACGACCAUCGCGCUCGUCUCCACAAUUGGUAUCACAGUCGCAAAUACCUAUGGUGGGUACAUGGCUGGUCGAUUUUUCCAGGGCUUUGGUGUCAGUCCGGCGUCGACGGUAGGGAUGGCAGUUGUGACCGACCUCUUCUUCGACUAUGAACGCGGCCAAAAGCUCGGUCUAUGGGUCCUCGCUAUCGACUCAGGGUUACUUCUUGGACCAACCUUCGGCGGCUUUCUCAACCUCGUCAGCGCCCAAUGGAUAAACUGGUUCAACGCGAUCCUCUUCGCUACGUUGCUAAUCCUCGAACUCACACUCCUGCCUGAAACCCUCUACCCGCGCGCAUUCAUGCUCCAACGCAUGCCAACCACCACCGAGAAGCCAAGCCAAAGCGUCCCAGAUACCGAAGGACCAGAGCUCAAACGCACCAAAUCCCUACCAUUCCUCAACAUCCACCCCAUCCCAGGCCUGUCUCAUCCACCAAUUUACUCAUCCCUCACCCGGUUCUUCCUUACGUUUCGCUUCCCUGUCAUUCCUGUAGCAGUGCUCGGAUACUCAUUCACCUGGUACUGGUGGAUCAUGUCCGUGAUCACGAUGGUGCCGUCUGCGUAUGCGACGGACUCGCCUCUCAUCCAGGGACUGCUAUUUCUGGGUCUUUUGAUUGGAACGUUGGUGGCGGAGGUGACCUGCUCGGGACGAUUGAGUGAUGCUAUCGUGGGGAGGUUGGCGAAGAGGAAUGGCGGGAUCCGGGUUCCGGAGAUGAGGCUAUGGUUGGCGUAUCCGGCUAUUGGGUUGACGGUUGUGGGUUUGAUUGUUUGGGGUGUUAGUGUUGAUAAAGGUUAUCAUUGGAUUGUGGGAGAGGUGGCUUUUUUUCUAUUUUCUGCUGGAAUUCAAAUUGGGAAUACUGUAACAAGCAGCUACAUCAUAGAUGCUUAUCCGCUACAGUCUACUAGCGUGGUGAUUUUCUACGCAGUGUUUCUUAACUUGAGUGCAUUUGCGAAUCCGUUCUUCAUCGCCCAGUGGGAAGCUGCAGUCGGCUGGACUUGGACUUUCACCACACAAGCACUCAUUACUCUGGUGGCUGGAACGGGUGUAUUCAUCUCGUUGCAUGUGUUUGGGCCGUCAUGGAGGGCCAGGGCGGUGCCGGGGUGGGUGAAUCCAGAGUUUGACUCAUGA